AGUUAAGUUUAAAGCUUCACGGAAUGCCAUACCGACCAGCCAACUUCUACGAUGCUGAUCUCAAGAUCUGGAGAGGGGAUCGGGUAAAACAUUACUUCGACCCACAUCUGUCCAUAGGAGAGAUCAUCUUUCAGGAGAUGCGGCGUCACCCCCAGCUCAUUGCCCAGAUCUCGGCUACUGAGAACACGAUACUGACCAGGGAUGAGCUCCAUGCCAACUCCAUGAAAGUUGCCAGCUAUAUGCGAUCCCUGGGUCUCCUUCAGUCCGACGUGGUGGGCCUUAUAGGCAGGAACACCACCCACAUGUCCGCCGUGGCAUACGCCUGUUUCUUCAACGGAAUCGCCUUUCACUCGCUGAACAUCUCCUACGAGCGAAGCACCAUAGAGAAGCUCUUCGACAUAACCAAGCCACGUCUCAUUUUCUGUGAUGGAGAUGAGUUCGAAAAGGUGCGCGCCGCCACCGCAUCCCUGGAUGUCAAAAUUAUCACCAUGCGCAAUCACCCAACGGACUCCAUCAGUAUUGAUGAAGUUCUAGCCACUCCCAUCGAGGAAAACUUCCAGCCGGCUCGUCUGGUACAAGGCAACGAUCAGACGCUGGCCAUUCUUUGCUCUUCGGGCACAACUGGAAUCCCAAAGGCUGUGACCAUCACCAAUAGCCGCCAGAUCCUGGCUGCCAGCUACUGUCUUACCACCAGCGACGUCCAGUACACCCACAGCACUCUUGACUGGAUCACCGGACUACUGACCACCAUUACUUCCGGGGUGUUCAGCACAAAGCGGAUAGUGGCAGACAAUGUAUUUGAUCCCGCGUUCUUCAUGCGACUCGUCGAGGAGUAUAAGAUCACGUGGAUAAUUCAAGCGCCAUCACACAUGGCCAUGAUGACAAACUCACUGGCAUUCCAGACAGCGGAUCUGUCCAGCCUCCGAUAUUACCUCUUCGGAGGAUCUCGGGCCUCGUUGGAGACCCAGCACCGCAUCAGGAGUCGCCUUAGUCGGGACUGCCUGCACUUCGCCUACGGAUUCACGGAGCUGGGCGCCAUGGCCUCCAUCAACCUUCACUUCGACGAGAAACCCAACUCAGUGGGUCGCCUGGUGAGUGGCGUCAAGCUGAAGAUAAUCUGUGAGCAGGGCGAGUCCCUUGGCCCCGAUGAGGUGGGCGAGGUGUGCAUUCACAAUGGCCAGCACUGGGCGGGAUACUACGGCAAUCCGGAGGAGACCCACAAGAUGCGAGACCCCCAGAUGUGGUUCCACAGCGGCGACCUUGGCUACGUGGACGACGACGGGUUCCUGUACAUCGUGGAGCGCAAGAAGGACAUGCUGAAGUACCAGAACAUCAUGUACUAUCCCAACGAUAUCGAGCGCGUUAUCUCAGAGAUGCCGGAGGUGGCCGAGGUCUGUGUCUUCGGGGUGUGGGAUCAGAUCAAUGGGGACGAGGCUGCUGCCGCCGUUGUGAAGAAGCAGGGUAGUGAUCUCAAGGUCCAGGACAUUGUGGACUACGUGGCCGAACACAUUGAGGCCAAGUACAAGCAGUUGAACGGCGGAGCCAUCAUUGUGGAGGACCUCGUGCGCUCGCCCAAUGGAAAAACGAAUCGCAUGGCCACCAAGGCGUUUUUCCUGGAAACCAAGAUCUCAAACUAGAGCGGAGGUUGAGACCGAAAGUUCAAAAAAUUGAAUUUUUUGUAAUAAAGAAGUAUUAAAAUUUUUAACGCAGCUAGAGAGCCAGCUAAGGAAUAUUGGAUAAAUAUCACGAUACUUCAUAAAUACAUAAUUUUAAGCAAUUUCUUCUUCACAGAAAUUAAGAAAUCCAUUUAUAAAAUAAAUUAUAUAUUCCCAAAUUA